GCAACCAACAUGAUAUACCUAACUAUAGAAGUCCUCCAAAAUAACCCCUGAAUGCCAAGACUUUUAAACUCACUACUAGGGAAAGUGUUCCUGAUAUGCAUGUGAAAAGGCGCAUUCAUGUCUCCUCAUCUCUCAUUAGGCUUCGCUUUUCCCCGAUACUAUAGAGCCUUAUAUCUUCGUUUAGAGGUCAAUCUGCUUGGGUUAUGUAUCUAGGCGGGCUCAGCCCCCCCGAUUCCGAACGGAUGUAGCCAACGGCAAUUUUCUGCGGCUCUGUUUCUGAUCGGCUAUCUUCCCCGCUCCUGUUUAUUUAUAUUGAUUGUGCCGCCAACAACACGUGCGGGCAAGGCCCCUCCCUGCCUCCCCCAUUCCGAUUCAUCAUGAACUUUGGUCGCGUCGUCCUCGCCUUAUCGGCCUUUUUCUUAUCGGUGAGCGCGCACAACACGCCAUGCUCCUCCCGCGCGAAACCAAUUAUCAUCGACACUGAUAUCUUCUCAGACGUCGACGACGUCGGCUCCUUGACGGUGGCUAAUGUGUUGCACAACUACGGACUGGCGGACCUGCGCGGAGUCGCCAUAAACACCGGCUCCAAAUAUGGCGCGCUGGCUGCGAAUGCCCUCAAUACGUUUUUUGGCAAUGGAGAUAUUCCAAUUGCGGCCAUGCGUCCUUUGACAAAUGAGUCUUUUUUCGAUACUUACACCUACACCUUAAGCGAAUACGCGAGCAAGAUAGCUUACAAUUGGCCUCGCUCGUUGAAUGACUCGUCAACAACGCCGACGCCUUUGGAAUUAUACCGCUCGGUGCUUUCAGCAGCGGAAGAUCACAGCAUGACUCUGAUCUCAAUCGGCUUCCUGACUAACCUCGCUGCACUGCUUGACAGCCCCGCAGACGAUAUCUCAUCUCUCGCGGGCCCGGCUCUCAUCUCCGCAAAGGUGAAGGAGUUAGUCAUAAUGGGCGGAGAGUACCCGUCAGGCUGGGAAUUCAACUUUGGCGGCGGCGAUCCCGCCUCCACGUACCGCGUCGUCAACAACUGGCCGCGUAGCGUGCCUGUUACGUACUCCGGGGGCGAACUUGGCGGGAACAUAUAUUCAGGGGAAACCCUUACCAGAGAAGCGUUGCCAGACUCGCCCGUGCUUGCGGCGUACCAGUGGUAUGUGGGGCGGUGUAGCACCAUCCGCGAGUCGUGGGACCCGGUCACGACGCUUUACGGGAUAGUGGGGCUCGAGGGAUUCCGCGAGCUAGGCAUCGGAAAACUGUUUAAGUACGGGAAUCGGAUUGGGUAUAACAAAGUGGCGACGAACGGCUCAAACGCGUGGGUGAACGAUACGGCUGUUUCGAAUCAGCACUGGUUGACGCUUGCAAAUGGGGUGACAAAUUCGACUGUUGCGGGAGUGUUGAAUCAAUUCUUUGCCCAUAAUCCUUCGGAUAAGAGUUGUACUGCUCUUAAAUCGCGAGAUUUGCUAAGACUUACAUGA